AUGGGUGGACGGAGACUGGUUACCUGUUGUCCGAGCGCUACUUCAGUGGCUUCCUCGCUCAUCAGACCCAGUGUCUCUGGCGCCUCGCCGCGCCGCCCGCGGUCGUUUAUAAAGGCGGGAGGCGCGCGCGCCGCCCCAGUACGAGUGGCGUGGGCGACGUCCGCCGCCGGCCCAGCCUCACGCACCGCGCACGCACAGUGCCGGCCGGCGACGCACCGCGACGCGACGCGCCGCCCCGCUACACGACCUCACACCGACGACCGGCGCCCGACCCGCGCCGAAGGCUACGCGCUGAGCGACUGCCACACCCGACUGAUACAGACGCAGCUUCCAGCGGCGGCCGCGGAGGCAGCGUGCGUGCGGACACGGGAGAGACACGUGUGCAGAGCUCCGUCCGUCCGAAUGGCGGAGGACACUUCUUCCGCGGCGGAGGCGCAGACGCCGCUACGGGCGGAAAGCGUCGAGGAGCGGUACCUGCGAAUCUGGAACCACGAAGGACGUUUAAUAACCUAGACUGUGUCCAGUGCGGAAGUAAACACCGUUGUUUCACCCGAUAACGGGCGGGCUGCAGGUCCGGCCGUCUUGUAAUCAUUGUCAUAUUAAUUGCU